UCUGCGUCCACCAGAACUGCUGAGGGCUUUGGGGCAAACCUUCUCUCAGGUAGUGAAAUACUGGACACUUACUCAGGCCUACUUGGUGCGUUUCUGGUUGGUGAUAAAGAUGUGUGUUUCUCAAUGCUCAAAGUGUGUGGGCUAUACUCUGGUCCCCUUGGCAAUCAUCUGCAUGUUGGCCAACGCACUGCUGCUCUUCCCUGACUUCCAGACAAAGUACCUGCUAGACGGCCAUAUAACCUCUGAGGCCCGGAUGUCAUCGGGGAUAUGGGCUUCAGGAGUCCUGGUCCUUGUGGCUGCUCGAGUGUUUGUUUCCAGUGCAAGCAAGAAGGGCUGCUGUGGGUUCAGAGCAGCGAUGAUGUGUCAAGUGGGUUACACCUGUGUGGCCCUCGCUGCUGCUGGCUUCUGCUUACUGACCUGUGGGAAGGGCCUACUUAUGGGGCCCCACUGCCUGUACAACGGCACCCACGGGCCAGAGUGGGGAACGCCACUCAGGCCGACGAGCAUCAGUGCCCCACGCAGUGAAGGACUGUACAUCUCUCAGCCGGACCGCUGGGCCUCCACCUGCAUAGAGCCGCGCAGAGUGGUGCUGUGGAAUGUGACCCUCUUCAUCGUUGUCAUGGCGGCCAGCGGGAUCCAGGUGCUCCUGUGCGCCGUCAACAUAAUCAACUCUCUACUGGGCGUUGUCUGUGGCCCCAGCUUUGGCAUAAACAAGGUUACACCAGCCUGAGGAGAUCACUUGAGCUCUGAGAGGAACCAUUCCCAUAGAGUGAUGUCAUAUCCUCCCACUCCAGAGAAUAUUGGGUAUCAUCUCAUGACUGUGAUUCACUUUAUUUGGAGCUUCAGAUUGCAGACUCAGUCUAGCACAUUUGUGUCUUGGCAUCUGGAAUCUUCCUUAGAUAAGCUUUUGGAGUGUAUGAAAGAGUAUAUAGUUUAAUAUAUAUAGUAUGACAGAAAACGGUUUAGUGGCUUAAAGAUAAAUGUUUUAAUAAUAUUUAAUCAGCAGUGUUUUUGGUGGUCACUGCCAUGAAUGUACUCUAAAGUUGUAUGAAUGCCAUUUCUUACUGUACGACUGUAAUAUGUGAACAUGUGAUAUCUUAAUCAGGUUGGUCUUUUGCACUUUGCACUUUAUGAUGUAUAUUGUAUUUAAUGUAUUUUUGUCAUAUUUACAAUUGUAUAUUUGUGCCUGUAGAGUUUUGGAAGCUGAGUGAACUUUUACU